AUGACUGACACUCCGCAGCCUGUGGGUCCUGGCGGCUUCUUUCCAUUGCAAUCUCUCCCUUCACCUGCUCCUAGCAGUGCCUCCGCGCGCUCAAGUGCGGCUUUGCCGCAUCCCCGCGCCAGAUCGCUCCGACCAGGUUCCAACAAGGAAGAGACGGUACGCCGGUACAUUGAGGAACGUCUCGCCAUUGUCAAUCGUCGUUAUGUCAAGAAGCAUGGCAGUGCCGAGCCCGGCGACGAUGUCAUAGGCUACAAGAGCUUUACGGAGCUUUGCAAGGACCUACAUAACGUCAUCGACGUCCUAUGGCUGUCCGGAACACCGAGCAUACAGAUUCCCUUCCUCUUGAAUAUUGCCAGCGACUUCACGCAAUGGAUUGACGCCUUUACUCCUUCCCCGAGAGCUACCUUCUCCGUCUUGAAAAAGCUGGACCAUUGCUUCGCAAGCCUCUUAAUCGGCCGCGAUAUCGAGACCAAAGACACCUUGCCUGGCUUUGAGAACGGCAUGAGAGCUGGCAUGUCUACGACAGAUAUGGUGCGAUGCCGUAGCUCUGUGGAGCAGACAAGACUGGUCAUUGUGGAGGUCCUUAGCAAGGAGUCCGACGGAGACGACGGCACAAAAGGUGACGAGACAGAAGCAAAUUCCAUGAAUAGCGACACUGAACUGGAAGAUGCGACGGACACGACGUGGAGCGAAGACGAGGACAGUCUCUACAUGGACGCAGCGCGAGUCUAUGAGCACACCAUCGUGCGGCUAGGUGAGAAGCUGGGAGAUGUAUUUGGACCCGCGGUUCCGGGCGCGAGCGGUAAUACCAUCUGCUCUGCAGGUUGA